AUGACUGGCAACGUCAUCAACCUGACCCGGAGCCUUGGGGUGCUGAUGGUGGAAGGAGCGCCACAGCAUGGCUAUCAUAACCUGCGCUUCUACCUUGCCAUCCUGGUUUGUUUCAACGUUGGCUCGGUGCUUCAGCGCGUCUGCGAGCACAAAUGGCCCAACAGAGGCGCCAGCAUUGUGUCACUUCCCGUUGCGUGCAUUAUCCUGGCUGGCAACGCCAUAUACUGGUACAAUCCUGAGUUCGAACUGGGCGACAAUCGGGAUUACACGGUCUGCAGCGUGACGUUAUUGUUUGGCGUGCAGUCAGCUGCAUGCAGCAAUGGCCGGCUGGGACUCAUCACCACAAUGGUUACUGGACACAUGGUGAACGUGUCGAACCUCUGCGGCACCUUCUUGUUUAAAGGAAGCCUGGCAUCCGAAGCAAAGUGGAAAGGUGUGGUAAGCUUGGUGAUCAUUGCUGCCACCAUAUGCGGGGGGCUUCUUGGCGCUGUGCUUACACAGCUCAUUGACAAGCAUGUUCUGCUGUGCCCGGUUCCGAUCGUGCUGUACAUCCUGCUCUGGCUGCACGAUCACCUGGCUGCGCCGCGUUCUCUCAUCAAGAAGCUCAAGCUGUUGUCGAGGCCGUUGUUUUUCGACUUUCGGGAGCACGAUUCAGGUAAGGCAUCCAAGCCUCCAAUGAUACCGAGUGCCCGGCCAGUGCGUCUUGGCGAGCUCAAGGCGUCCAGCUUCACCGGUGAAGCUCGCCUGUAA